AUGGUACAAAUCAACGACGUCAAAGAGUACUCCCUGGGCCAGGCACGCACAGCCACACACACACACAUUAAAGGGCUCGGGCUCGAUGAGCACGGGGUGGCCAAACCUGUGGACAGCGGGUUUGUGGGCCAAAAAGAGGCCAGAGAAGCGUGUGGAGUGAUUGUUGACUUAAUCAAAACGAAGAAAAUGAGCGGCAAGGCGAUUUUGCUUGCGGGAGCUCCCGGGCUGGGGAAAACGGCGCUUGCGUUGGCGGUUUCGCAAGAAUUGGGGCCCAAGGUGCCGUUUUGUCCGAUUGUCGGGUCGGAACUCUAUAGUGCCGAGGUGAAAAAGACGGCUGCGUUGAUGGAAAACUUCAGAAAAGCUAUUGGGUUGAGAAUCAAGGAGACCAAGGAGGUGUACGAGGGCGAAGUGACGGAAUUGACGCCGGAGGAGGCGGAAAACCCCUUGGGGGGAUAUGGCAAGACCAUCAGUCACGUGAUUGUGGGCUUGAAGACAGCCAAGGGAACGAAAAACCUCCGUUUGGACCCAGCCAUCUACGAAAGCAUCCAGAAAGAACGCGUUGUUGUGGGUGACGUCAUCUACGUCGAGGCCAACACGGGCGCCGUCAAGCGUGUGGGCCGUUCAGACGCGUAUGCUACCGAAUUCGACUUGGAAGCAGAGGAGUACGUUCCCUUGCCCAAGGGUGAAGUGCACAAAAAGAAAGAAAUCGUUCAGGACGUGACUCUCCACGACUUGGAUGUGGCCAACGCGCGUCCCCAGGGAGGCCAGGACGUGUUGUCGAUGAUGGGCCAGUUGUUGAAGCCUAAAAAGACGGAAAUCACCGAUAAGUUGAGGAGCGAAGUCAACAAGGUCGUGCAGAAGUACAUUGACCAAGGCGUGGCCGAGUUGAUUCCUGGUGUGUUGUUCAUCGACGAGGUCAACAUGUUGGAUAUUGAGAUUUUCACCUACUUGAACAGAGCCUUGGAGAGUUCCAUUGCGCCGGUGGUGAUUUUGGCUUCCAACCGUGGCAUGACCACCAUAAGAGGCACCGGCGAUGACGUCAAGUACCCCCACGGGUGUCCUCCAGACUUGAUUGAUCGUUUGUUGAUAGUCAAGACGCUUCCUUACAACCAGGAGGAGAUCAAGACGAUUAUUUCGAAAAGAGCACAGCUCGAGGGGCUUGUGCUUGCGCCUGAGGCGUUGGAAAAGUUGUCACAGCACGGUGUUUCGAGCUCGUUGAGGUAUGCUUUGCAGUUGUUGGCGCCAGCGGGGAUUUUGGCCAAAACAGCUAACAGAAGUGAGAUCAUCGUUGAUGAUGUGGAGGAGUGCGAGACGUUGUUUUUGGAUGGCAGAAGGUCGAUGGCUGUUUUGCAAGGUUCCAAAGGAUUUCUCUAA